GCCGCUUCUUCACAGAGAAUGUAAAAUGUGUGCUAACGGAUUGGCUAUUCCCAAGUAUGGCAGUAAAUGCAUCUAUUUCCAUGGAGACAAGAAAAGUCACAGCCAAGUUAUAGAGUAUGGAUCAGAGCAGAGAGCGGGUCUGUCCCGGAGGGCUGCGUGCUGCUCGGGUCAUGAAUCAUUGUUUAGUUGAAUAAGAAAAGUCAAGCUUCAUCUGAUGAAUACCGAUCCAUCCAGUGCACCAAGAAAGGUGCCCAUUGUUAUAAUGGUUUUCAGAGUGAAGAAGAAUUCUUCCACAAGGCUACUGUCUGUGAGUGGAGUCCUUCUUGUGUUCCAGUCCAGUGGUUCAAAUGUGACAGAGAGGUGGACACUCACACAGGGUCAAGAAUCCCGGAGAUCUUAUUAGGCCGACACUUGUGCAAGCUGAGCGAUGGGUGGGGGAGAGUGCUGCGAUUAAGACCGAUCCAGGCAUCCUUUUCCCAAAUGCCAAAUGGUACAGAGAUGGAUUCAGGCUUUUUCAAGAAGCAUUUCAAGCUAAGUCCAAAAAAGUCACACAAUGAGUUAUAGAAGAAAUUUGAGCCUUAUUGGUCUUAUUCAUGUUUUCGACCAGCAAAUGUGUUAGACAAAUAAAUUAUUAAGUAAAAUGUAAUACUAGCUGGACCAUAACUAUACUGCCAUAAAACUGAAUUGAGUAAUCUGCUUGAGAAAACAUAACUUUUAAACUUUAAACUACUUUUAACGUUUAAAAUGGGUGUUGUUGUUUUUUUAUAGUGAAUAAAACAACAUUAUAAUUUGGAAUAUAUUAACAUGUUUACAAGAUUUAACUCCAGAUUCACAUCUCUUGAUCUUAAACGAGGCAUGGUCAGGAGUCAGGACCACCUUAGCUGGAGAAUUUUACCAUUUGGAAGUGGCUUCAGAGCAAACAACUGUUGGGUUCCUCUUAUACAAGACAUGAGACAUUGAUGAUGGUCAGAGGGGCUCAUGGAACAGAUGGACAGUCCACCCCAGGGCAGCUGUGGCAGCUUUCCGGCACUGUGUGUGGAGUGAAAAAGUGAGUCAAAAUGGACCCAGGGGGCGCUGUGAUGAAAAGACUUCCUGUGGAUUCCCCCUCCAGAAAGCUGCCAGUCACAUGGACCCCAGAGGAGCUGCAGUGUAGAGUUCAGGAAAUGACUGCGAGACGGGGCUCAGACUGAACUUGAGCUGAAAUCUCGGCACACUUGCCCUGCUGCUGGAUGGAUCAGACGGGGAUGGAGGCGGAUCGGUCCCGCUUGGAAUAACUCGUGAUUUCUUUUCUUCUGGGGCCUGAUUUUGCGUUGGAAAAAACAAAGACCACGUAAAAGGGACGCGGGAUUAUACAGGUCUGGACUAUGGGCUGUGUAAAGAGCAAAGAGAACAAAGGCCCAGUCAAGUACCGUCCAGAGAACUCCAGUGGUUCUGACCCAACCACGACCACCACACCUCAUACGGGUCACUAUGGACCAGACCCCACCCAGCAGCAGCAGAGCCAGCCCCCCUCCUCCAGCACCACGCCUGGGAACUUCAACCACAUCACUCCUUUUGGGGGCUCCUCAUCAACCAUCACUCCCUUCGGCGGAGCGUCUUUCUCUGGGCCGGUGUCCAACUCGUUCUCAGGAGCUGUAUCUGGUGGUGUUACGUUUUUUGUGGCCUUGUACGACUAUGAAGCCAGAACUUCCGAUGAUCUGUCCUUCAAAAAGGGAGACAGAUUUCAGAUCAUCAACAAUACAGAAGGAGACUGGUGGGAGGCGCGCUCCAUCAACUCUGGGAAGAAAGGCUACAUCCCCAGCAAUUAUGUGGCCCCCGCUGACUCCAUCCAGGCUGAAGAGUGGUACUUCGGGAAAAUGGGGAGGAAAGACGCUGAGAGGUUGUUGCUGGUUCCAGGGAAUCACAGAGGAACAUUUUUGGUACGGGAAAGUGAAACCACUAAAGGUGCGUUCUCUCUCUCUAUUCGAGACUGGGAUGAGGCUAAAGGAGACAACGUGAAGCACUACAAGAUACGUAAGCUGGACAGUGGGGGGUACUACAUCACGACGCGGGCGCAGUUUGACACGUUACAGAAACUCGUCAAACACUACACAGAGCAUGCAGACGGCCUGUGCCACAAGCUGACCACAGUUUGCCCCACGGUUAAGCCUCAAACACAGGGACUGGCCAAGGACGCGUGGGAGAUUCCCCGGGAGUCCUUACGCUUGGAGCUCAAAUUGGGACAAGGCUGCUUUGGAGAGGUCUGGAUGGGAACAUGGAAUGGUACAACAAAAGUAGCCAUAAAGACGCUCAAACCAGGAACUAUGUCCCCAGAAGCCUUCCUCCAAGAAGCUCAGAUCAUGAAAAAACUACGGCACGACAAACUGGUCCCUCUUUAUGCAGUGGUGUCCGAGGAACCCAUUUACAUAGUCACAGAGUACAUGGCCAAAGGAAGCUUGUUGGACUUUCUGAAAGAGGGUGAUGGAAAAUUCCUAAAACUUCCAUUGCUGGUAGAUAUGGCUGCACAGAUUGCAGAUGGCAUGGCUUUUAUUGAGAGGAUGAACUACAUUCACAGGGACCUACGAGCUGCCAACAUUCUCGUGGGUGAAAAUCUGGUGUGCAAGAUCGCCGACUUUGGUCUGGCCAGGUUGAUAGAGGACAAUGAGUACACAGCCAGGCAGGGGGCUAAAUUCCCUAUUAAAUGGACAGCUCCAGAGGCAGCCCUGUAUGGCCGCUUCACUAUUAAGUCCGACGUCUGGUCCUUCGGCAUCUUACUCACUGAGCUCGUCACCAAAGGCAGAGUGCCCUACCCAGGUAUGGUGAACCGGGAGGUGCUGGAGCAGGUGGAGAGGGGCUAUCGCAUGCCUUGUCCCCAGGGCUGCCCAGAGUCUCUGCAUGAGAUGAUGAAGCUGUGCUGGAAGAAAGAGGCGGACGAGAGGCCCACCUUUGAGUACAUCCAGUCCUUUUUGGAGGACUACUUCACAGCCACAGAGCCACAGUACCAGCCCGGGGAGAACUUAUAACCGCCCUGCCCAAAUUGUACCUCUAUGUUAAGGGGAAAAAAUAUCAACUAUAACACUAAUACAUAUGACUGAAAAUAGCAUAGAGUCAACAACCACUACCUGAUGUAUCGCCUGUGUCCAUUGUUCGCCACAUUUCGUUUUCGUAUGUUUUUAUUAUUUAUGGUACGUCACAAAUCAUAUAUCCAUGCGUACUUGAGCAGGACAUGUGUUUUGAAUGUUACUGGCAUUUUGUGAGGAGGAUGUGCAGUAUGUGAAAUAAGCUGUGAUCAUGUCUUACUUACAGUAAUAAUUAGUAACUUAUAUAUUAGAUCAAAAAUGUAUUAAAUUAAAAGUUAAAUUAUUGGCAAAAAUUAUAUAUCACCAAAGUUUAGUUCAAUGGUAAUUAUUUAUUGGCUAACCUCACAUGUACACAGGUGCAAUUUUUCUGUUAGAAUUCCACCUUUUUUCCUGUUAUUUAAUCACUUCAUUCAUUCAUUUUCAGCUUUCAUAUCACACGUUUUGUUUUGUUUUUUACCAGAUUUGCAAAUGUCCUUAUUGUUCACUAUCGGCGGUAUAGUCUGACCUCAGCCUGAUAGCUGAAGUGCUGACAAAGUGGAGAGAGUUUGAUGACCCUUAUGAACUGAAAUCAUGACCAACCAUAAUGUACACAUCAUUUAAUGUGUUUCUACUGUGUUUUUACUGUGGAAUACAAGCAAGCCUAAAUGUGUCUCAUGGGAUCUUAGAUGUUAGUUAUACUAUGUUAGAUAUUUCCAUUUUCUCCUUUCUAAACUGCAGUAUUAUGACCAUUUUUGAUGAAUGACUGAUUUUGUGGCUUUGUAUAUUACAAAGUAGCCUACCCUUUUUUAUAACUGCAUUACAUAUUAUACUCCAAUUGAAUGGGAACAUGUGGGGGUAAAUCGUUUUUAGAAUAAAACUUCAUUUUACACGA